AUGGAUGUAGACAUCGAAAAUAUUUCAGAAGAAUUUAGCAAGAUUUUUGACGUUGAUCGAAGAAAAAGUCAAAUAGAAAUUAUAAAUCUAAAAAAUGACAUCACUUUAAAAUUACAUUCAAAUGUCAACAUGUGGAAAUUUAUGUCUCAGGAAAAAUAUCCAAUUUUGAUUGAUUCGUAUCAACGAAUUCUUUCAUGCUUUGGAAGCACAUAUUUAUCCGAAACAUCAUUUUCAAGUAUGAAAAUGAUAAAAUCUCAAUACAGGACACGUUUAACGGAUGACCAUCUUGGGGAUUGCAUGAGAAUAGCAAUAAGCUUAUACGAGCCAGAAUUUGAAAUAAUCGCAAGUGAAUUACAAUGCCAAAAAUCGCAUUAA